AUGGCCGAGCCCGACAAAUCGACGGGCGCCUCCACGGGCGCCUCCACGGCCGUGGAUGUCGAAAAGAUUGGACAUAUCGACCCAACUCUCGAAAAGCAUGCGCAUGAUGCCGACGAGGCCAUGAAAGCCUUUGACGACCUUCAGGGCGAGACCAUCGAGCUCGAUGAAGCCACCAACCGCCGCCUCCUCCACAUCAUCGACUGGCACAUGAUGCCUAUAAUGUGCUUCAUCUACGGAAUGAACUUCCUCGACAAAACCACCCUGUCGUACGCCAGUAUCAUGGGCUUGAAAGAGGACUUGAAUCUUGUCGGAGACCAGUAUCAGUGGCUUGGCAGCCUGUUUUAUUUCGGGUAUCUGGCUUGGGAGUACCCGACCAACCGCUUGCUGCAGCGUUUGCCGUUGGGCAAGUACUCUGCGGCGUGUAUUUUGACCUGGGGUGUCAUUUUAAGCUGCUUUGCCGGCGUGAAGAACUACUCUGGGGCCAUCGCCAUCCGACUGUUCCUGGGAGUCUUCGAAGCAGCCGUGACGCCUGGCUUUGCGCUGCUGACGUCUCAAUGGUACACCAAAAAAGAGCAAGGCUCGCGCGUGAACAUCUGGUUCAGCUUCAACGGUGUGGGCCAGAUCAUUGGCGGCGUCAUUGCGUACGGGAUCGCGGUCGGCACCAGGAAAUACGGCUCGUCAAUCGCCCCCUGGAAAAUCGUCUUUCUGGUCACGGGCCUUCUGACCAUCGCUUUGGGCCUGGUAUUCCUGUGGGUGGUGCCCGACAACCAGCUCAACGCGCGAUGGCUGUCGAAGCGGGACCGCAUGCUGGCCAUCGCACGCGUGCGCAUCAACCAGCAGGGCAUCGGCAAUAAGCACUUCAAGAUGUACCAAGUGAAAGAGGCGCUGAUGGAUCCUAUGACCUGGGCGUUCUUCUUCUAUGCGCUCAUCGCGGAUAUUCCAAAUGGAGGCAUUACCAAUUUCUUUAGCCAACUGAUUUCCAGCUUCGGCUUCACGGCGGAAGAAAGCCUGAUCUUGGGCGUGCCUGGCGGCGCGGUCGAAGUCAUUGCGCUGGUAGCGAACGGAUAUAUGGGUCAUAUCACGAACCAGCGUAUCCUGUGCAGCCUGGGCGGGCUGGUGUCGGCGAUGGUGGGCAUGAUUUUGAUUGUGGCGCUGCCGCAGAGCAACAACGUAGGCCGACUGAUCGGGUAUUACAUGACACAGGCCAGCCCGACGGCAUUCGUCGCGCUACUGUCGAUGAUCUCGUCCAAUGUGGCCGGGUAUACGAAGAAGACGACCGUUGCUGCUCUCUAUCUGAUCGGGUACUGUGUGGGCAAUAUCAUUGGCCCCCAAACCUUCCGACCGAAAGAUGCCCCGCAGUACAUCCCGGCCGAGAUCACGAUCAUCGUAUGUCUGGCUGUGGCUCUGUGCAUCAUGGUGUUUAUCUGGUGGUGGUAUCGGAAGGAGAAUGCACGCAAGUUGGAGAUCCAAUCGCGGCCGGAUUACGUGCGACUGGAGAAUCAAGAAUGGCUCGAUCUCACAGAUCGGGAGAACCCCGAUUUUACGUACUCGUUGUAA